AUGCUACCUGAUUUCUACAAUCAUCUAGAUAGUAUUCAUUACCAUCGAGUUGAUGAUUCAGCAAAGCGACGUAAAAUUUUUGAUGAAAGUUCGUCUUUUAAUACAUCUGAUCGUAAAUCGAAAAAUUGUGCAACAUUUUACUUCAAACAUCGUGACACUGAUUCAGAAGUUGAUAGAACUUACGAUAAUGACUAUGAUCAGAAUGAUUCUUCUGAAGGAGAAUGGACAUAUACGGCAUCACCUAUAAAAACUUCUGCGAUUGAGUCAAGCGUAUAUAUUGAAGGCCCUGCAAUUGAACAAGUUGAGCAUGUCGAAUAUGAAAAUCAUCCUAAGACGAUUAUUGAAAACGAAAAAAUCGAUAGUUGUGAUAGUGAUGAUGAAACUAAAAAAGAUAUCCGAAAGUUGAUAUUAGAAGUGGAAAAACUUGUCAGUGAGGAAGGUCAAAAAGAAAUUUCAAAAAAUUUACCACCGCUUAUUUUCGACAAGUAUAGCCAAAAUAAUUAUAGGGCUAAAUAUGCUAGAAUCAAGGAAUGGCUCAGAGUUAACUCCCAUCAUGAUACCGAGGAAAUUUCUUCACUGCAGAAUUGGCAGCCAUUAGAUAGUUGUGAUGCAAGUGGUGAAUAUACAACAGGAGAAUCAGAUAUAGAAAAACAAUCCGAUUCUUCUGAUGAUUUACAAAGCAGCGUCGUCACUUAUCGUCAAUAUGAAAAACUUGAUUGUACAGCACUUUCAAUAUCUCAAGAAAUCUUUAACGAUACUGAUCAAACUUUAGUGAAUGAAAUAAGCAAUCCAAUUGGGCCAGAAGAAGUUAGUACUCCAAAAGUUAUGAUGCGUUCCAAGGCGAAAUCAAAUGGACCACGACCAUGGAGUGUAUCUUGUGUUUUCGAUCAACUAAAUUCAACGAAUGAUUCUACAAUAUCACAAUUUUCUAUUUCCGAGACUGCUUUACAUCAGCUGGUAGCUUCUCCACCAACCAAAUCUGCUUCUUUAGAUGCUUCGGACUCUCAUAAAGUUUUUAAAAAUUCAACAUCAACCCUUUUGGAAGAAUCUAGUCGUUCAAUUCGGAAUAGUUUAUCACGAAAAAAGAAAUCAAAAUUGAGGAAGAAAAAUUUGAGUCGUAGAAGUGAAUCCAGUUCAGAUGGAGUAAAUUCUGGUGCAAGCGAUUCUAGUGGAACCCAUCAUAACCGUCCGGUACAAAAAGUCACCGAAGAACGAACGCGCUUCAAGAAACCAGAUUGUCAUCGUUGUUUGGUGUCACUACUAACACAUGGUUCUACACUAUCGUGUCAUGUGCAUAAUGAUGGUAAUAAUGUUAAAAGUUUUGUGGGUUAUCCAUCACCAUCAAUAGAAUUAACUUGUUGUACACCUGAUCCAUCAUCCGGGGGUACAGAAGAUAUUUGCCCUACAGAUCAUGAAACUUCACUUAAUAUUUUGAUGAAUAGACAUGAAGUCAAUAGCCCAAUCAAUGGUGAUAGUGAUGCUGAGAAAAAUAGCUUAGGCAACAAUUCGUUUUCCGAACAAGCUUGGGAUAGUUAUCAAGAAAAAUACAUGAGUGAACCAUACAGCGAAACUGCUGAUGUAGAAACAGCUCGCAAGCUUCUUGAUUUUGGUGACGACUAUCGUAAUUAUUUAGAUAGCCAGUCUGAUUGUGCCUCUAGCUUAAGUGCUGUAAGAUCGUAUUCACCACCACUUAUAACCAAUCGUAUUUAUUCUAAUAUUUCAACUAUAUCAUCAAAUGAUAGUGAUAGUGAAAGUGAAGGGUGUCGUCAUGUUUUAGAAAAGUCGUAUAGAAAAUUAAUGGUCAUGGAAAAUCAUCUAACUCGCAAUAAUAUUAAUAUGAAGACAAUAAAAGAUCAUCUACAGUUUCAGACCAACCAAGUUGGUGUCAGAUAG